CCAGGUCAGUUGGGACCACCGAUAUUUGGUUCUUAUUGAGCAAUUAAAAUAGCUGCGGACUGUGCAGCUGAAUCCGAUCGAUCUCUUCGGCCCUCGCCGCCGAAAAGGGUUUAAAGGGAUCGGGUCCACGAGAUCGCGUCUAGCCGGCUUUAAGUCGCAUGUCGUUUUUGAGAGUCCAACGCGCCAACUACUGUUCUACGCGUCUUUCUAUGCAAACAGUUCCUUACCUGUUUGGGUCUAUUUGAAGCUAUUCGUGACUGCUGCUUUUGCUAUUUGAUCUUCUUACCUUCAUAUUAAUAUAACGAUCAUGGCAUCAAAUCCACCGACUGAGCCACCGAGCUCGAACGCGUCGACCGCGACGCCGACCGCGCCGACAUCAAAUCUCAUAACUAUCCCCCCCGAACUCGAGACGUUUCGAGAGAAGCUGUUCCAUUUGGAUAAACAUUCCCCAUAUACGAUGUCAUCCGCGCAAUUCCACCACCUGUUCCCCUUCGUCGAUAAUAUGUUUACCCGAAAUCGCGUCACCCCGAAGGCUGAUGGUAGAGUAGUACACUACUAUUGGUGCCGGCUAUGGAGGAAGACGGAGCGUCCGACUGUUCCACCCGAGCAGAGGCAACGGCAGCGGACAUCGCGCAAGCCGCAGGCCUGUCCCUUCAAGAUGAAGGUCCAGGAUAAUGGGGUGACAGUGGUGAUUGAACUGACUGCUGGUGUUCAUAAUCACGACUAUGAGUUAAUGGCGCAUAAAGCCACCACUGCAGUGCGACAGCUUGCUGCGCAGGAGGUUGCAAAAGGCUAUAAACCUGCAGAGGUCAAAAAGAUGCUGUUUAACCCCCAAAACGGAAAUCGGGAAGCUAUCCUCGCCGCUGGUGGAACGAAAUUCAAUAUCCAAGAUAUCCACAACGCCGCUCAGGUACAUGCGAAAAGAAAACAAGCUGAUGUCAAGCUUGACGAAGAGAUCUGGCCACUUCCGCGCCGGAGGUUUGAACUUCACAAGAUUCUUGAUGGGAUUCAGUAUGCGUACUAUAAGAUCGAGGCAGAGACUGCUAACUGGCCUGAGGCUCUUUGCGAUAGGGCGAUUAAAAGAUGGAUCCAAGACGUACGUCAGGUCACUGAAUCUAUACGACGUCAAGGGGCAGAAGAGCUGAGAGCGCAAUUGCGAGCGGAGGAUCGGGAGCUGCUGAGAGAGUCGCCCCAAAGUUCCGUGGUUGAAACUACAAAUAUUGGAGGGCUAGAUUCGAGGCAGACCUAACUGAGGUCAACGCUGUGGAUAUUCUGCAUCGGAAGAUGCCUUGACUGAGCGGUGCAGGAUCUAGGAGAUGGCGAUUCCAUCUCGUUUGAUCUUGUCCUUUUCAUGAUCCAACCUUGGGGUGGUCGACCCGCCGCCGAUAGCUGGUCUGCAGCAGCAGACCACUACGACUUUGUCAAAGAACAUCGUCUGUCUCAACUCUUCGAGGGACUUGUCCGCGCCGUUGUUUGGGAUCGCUAAAAUGAUCUGACGACGGAAAUGCAGAACUUGG